AUGUCAGGCCGCGGCAAAGGAGGCAAGGGAUUGGGAAAGGGAGGAGCCAAGCGUCACAGGAAGGUGCUGAGGGAUAACAUCCAGGGCAUCACUAAGCCCGCCAUCCGCCAGUUUAUCUCUUCUCAAAAUUUUCCGGCGAAAAUGUCAGGACGCGGCAAGGGAGGCAAGGGAUUGGGCAAAGGAGGAGCCAAGCGUCACAGGAAGGUUCUCCGGGACAACAUCCAGGGCAUCACCAAGCCCGCCAUUCGCCGUUUGGCUCGCAGAGGCGGUGUCAAGCGUAUCUCUGGUCUCAUCUAUGAAGAGACCAGAGGUGUCCUCAAGAUCUUUCUAGAGAACGUCAUCCGUGACGCCGUCACUUAUACUGAGCACGCUCGCAGGAAGACCGUCACCGCCAUGGACGUCGUCUAUGCUUUGAAGAGACAGGGAAGGACCCUCUAUGGAUUUGGGGGUUAAUUCAGAUUACGGCUUGUUUAGGAUUUGGGGUUUAGAUCUGGGUGUCAUGAAAUUGUAAUACAAGUUUGAUUUCUCAGUAAAUUUGGCUGUUUCUUCUUUUUCU